AUGGCUGACGCUUUGAAGGCAGAGGGCAAUAAGGCCUUCUCUGCUAAGGACUAUCCUACAGCUAUUGAGAAGUUCACACAGGCUAUUGAACUUGAGCCUAGCAACCACAUUCUAUACUCCAACCGGUCAGCGGUCUACGCUGCGCAGUCAGAUUAUCAGAAAGCUCUGGACGAUGCCAACAAGGCCAUUGAUAUCAAGCCGGACUGGUCGAAGGGUUACAGCCGUAAAGGAGCCGCUUGCCGUGGUCUUGGAGACCUCUUGGGUGCUCACGAUGCCUACGAAGAAGCUCUGAAGCUCGAUCCUAGCAACGACCAGGCUAAGUCCGGUCUCAACGCUGUGAAGAGAGCCAUCGAUGGGGAAGCUCGGGCCGACGGUGUCGACCCUGCCGCUGGUUUGGGUGGAAUUUUCAACGACCCUCAGAUGUUCCAGAAAUUAGCCAGCAACCCCAAGACCUCCCACCUUCUCGCAGACGCCGACUUUAUGGCGAAACUCCAGCGCCUUCAGCAAAACCCCAACAGCAUGAGCCCGCAGGAGAUUCAGGAUCCCCGUUUCUUACAGGUCAUGAGUGUGCUGCUGGGAAUCGACAUGAGCUUUGGAGCUCCCCCGGAGGCCGCUGGUUCCUCUCAGGCUGCUGCGGAAGCUGAGGAGGACGUGCCGAUGCCCGAUGCGAAGCCCGCUGCUGCUGAAAAGAAGAAGGAACCCGAACCAGCACCCCAGCCUGAGCCUGAGCCCGAGGAUGAGGAGACUAUUGCGAAGAAGAAGGCCCAGGAAGCUGGUGACGCCGAGAAGAAGAUCGGCAACGACUUCUACAAGAAGAAGCAAUUCGAUGAGGCUAUUGAGCACUACAACAAGGCCUGGGAGCUCAACAAAGACAUUACAUACUUGAACAACAUCGGUGCCGCCAAGUUCGAGAAGGGUGAUUUCCAGGGUGCCAUUGAGAUCUGUCAGAAGGCCGUUGAAGAAGGCCGCGAACUUCGGGCGGAUUUCAAGGUCAUCGCCAAGGCCUUCGCGAGAAUCGGUACCGCUUAUGAGAAGCUUGGUGAUUUCACACAAGCUAUCGAAUACUACCACAAAUCCCUGACUGAACACCGCACUCCCGACGCUCUCACCAAGCUCCGCAACGCAGAAAAGGCCAAGGCCAAGGCCGAGAAAGAGGCGUACAUCGACCCCGCCGAGGCAGAAAAGGCUCGCGAGCUCGGCCAGAAGAAGUUCCAGGAGGCAGACUGGCCUGGUGCUGUGGAGGCCUUUACCGAGAUGACCAAGCGUGCUCCUCAUGACCCCAGAGGGUUCUCGAACCGUGCCGCUGCCCUCAUCAAGCUUAUGGCUUUCCCUCAGGCCGUUCAGGAUUGUGACGAGGCUAUCCGCCGUGAUCCCAAGUUCAUCCGCGCCUAUAUUCGCAAAUCUCAGGCUCUGGUUGCUAUGAAGGAAUACAGCAAGGCCUUGGAUGCCUGCACGGAAGCCGCAGAGCAGGAUGACGGAACCCACACUCGGGAGAUCGAUCAGCAGCAGCAAAAGUGCCUGGAGGCUCAGUUCAGCGCUCGUGCUGGCGAGACGGAGGAGCAGACCAUGGAGAGAAUCCAGAACGACCCCGAGAUCAUGUCGAUCCUUCAGGACCCAGUCAUGCAGAGCAUCCUCCAGCAGGCCAAGAGCGACCCUGCUGCCCUGCAAGAACACAUGAAGAACGUCCAGGUUCGGACGAAGAUCCAGAAACUCAUGGCGGCUGGUGUCAUUCGUCUCGGUCGGUAA